UGACCGAGAUAUAUGCUAAGUCCAGUUAAUGCUGGUCUAUCUUCAAGACCCAGACCCCCCAAGCAUGGUUGGAUUGCUGGCUGUUAGAUUGCAUACUACUAGUAGGUAUAUAUAAGGACAGGAAUAUGUGGCUCUAGUAGAUUGGAAACCGUCCUUUAAUAUCUAUCUCGUCCUAUUGAAGAUGCUCAAAUUAGAUAUAAUAAUGACAGCUUUUGUAGCAAUAAGCUCUAUUCAUUCUAUCCUGCAUAAUCAUCUACCGGAAGCAUGAAUCAUCCAGGCCAAUAGCUACUUACUACUUCAUCCGGAAUCCUGCCACCUAUCCUUCCACCAUGUUCGGCAACUGGAAAGGCUCGUUCGAUUCAGUAGGAUAUAAUUCUUGCCUAGAUAAUUUUUGUGCUACCCCUUGGCGCAACCGACGUUUGAUCAAGCUUCCAAGAAUCGUUGCACUCCCAAGAGAUAGUGAUAGUGAUAGUGAUCGUGACCGCCUUUUCACCGCACUCCCCCACUCUCUUUCCCCCCCGGACAAUAAGCAAGCAAAACCUCCCCCAGAAGAACAAUACCAACGUAUGCCACAAACACACACUCACAUACCCAAGUAGUACCAGUAGUGGUAGUUACACUCGCCAAUCCAUCUACCAAUUUGGCACCCCCAUACUCCCCUUCCCUCCCCCUCAAACCUUCAUCAUCUCAUCUCAUCUCACCUCUCAACGCGGGAAUUUUCAUUUCAGGCCCUCCUCGCGGCAGCCGCCCUUCCCUGCCUGCACGCAUCUGACGCACACCGAGAAGUCGGUCUGGCGAAAGAUCCCCCCCAACCAAAACGCAACCUGCAAAAUAGCAGAACCCUUCCCGACAACUCCGAGAAAUGUUAUCUGUCACCCGUCAAGUGGCAG